GAAUUCAGCUCAACAUGGGAGGUGAGAGCCUUGAAAGCAGGGUUACAUGAGGAGGUCAAUUGGGGUCCAAUUUGCUGCUUUGUCUUUCUUGAUCUUCUUGUUUCUUUAAUCAGUUCAUGACUUACAAUUGAUGUCUUGCAUUGGAUGAACAACACGUAUGUUCAUCACCAUGACGGGGCGCGAUAAUCGAGAACCGCACCAACCGAGUCUCAAGAAGAGAUUGGAAGCAUGGAUUGAGAAACAAAUCCACACUCGCGAUGAAUUCGGAAACUCUCUCGCCGGCGUAUCUGAACCUGUUCUUCGAAAAGGCAUCGACACUCUCUGCAGAGAACUCCCUUCUCUCGAACGCGCCGAGGUCGAGCGAGCUGCAGAGGUAGCUAAGAACGGAAACUACUACUACCGUCUCUCCAAAGGCCUAAUCACCAAUCUGUCACCCGUCGUUGAGCUCACGCAAGAUGAGAAAGAAAGUCUCGUAGCUGAACGCGAGCGCCUCUUCAGUCAGCGCGGCAUGCUCAUCAUCAUCUGCACAGUCUCUUUGGCAGCUUUCCUCCAAGGCCACGUUCAAUCAUCCAUCAACGCUAUGAGUCUUUUUGUCGAGACCGUUGGUAUCGAUAUACAGAGGCAGGGCGACACACAGAGCAAUGGGGCCGAUUCGGCGGCUCAAUGGCAACUUGGAGGUAUGAACGCAAUUCCGUUCCUCACGGCUGCCUUUCCCGGUGCGCCGCUUUCUCUACCGGUUAAUUACUGCCUUGGAAGACGUGGUGCCCUUGGGUUUUCGGCUCUACUUAUCAUUGCGAGCUCAAUUGGGUCGGCUUUUGCUGUGACAUGGCAGCAGAUAUUGGGGGCCAGGAUUGUUGGAGGAGUAGCUAUGGGCAUCAAGGCAGUCAGUGCCCCUAUUCUCGCUUCUGAGACUGCAGUUGGAUACUGGCGAGGUUCAACUAUCCUGGCCUGGCAACUCUGGGUCGCUUGUGGUAUCAUGAUCGGUUUCGUCAUCAAUUUUGUCAUUGCAGCCGCGACUAAUACUCUAGAUGGUCAACCUAACGCUGGUCUCAACGAGCACGGAGGUCGAUACCACGCUUUGCAGUGGAUUGCUGCUGCGCCUGUUGUACCAUCUCUCUUACUGUUUAUCGCGGUUUGCUUCUGCUACGAGAGUCCUAGAUUCUAUAUGCGGCCGGGUACGCCUAACUAUAACCUCGAUCGGGCUUUUCGCAAUCUUCUUUCAGUUCGGCCGACAGGACUUCAAGCCACUCGCGACUUUUUCCUGAUCUGGUGGUCUACUCGAGAUGAGGAGAUACACCAAGACCAUCGUGAGAAGAGUCGCCACGAGAUUUCUCACCAUUCCGAAUACCAGAACGGGGUCAACGCCAAGAAUGAGGACAGGAGAAGCAGAACGCUUGCUUCUGGUUUGACAUACGCAUCCCUCAUCAUCCUUGUCACGAGACUCUCUGCUGAUCAGUUUAAGCCGCUGUUUACGAGACGAAGACUUAGGAAUGCGCUCUGGAGUAGUUGUGUUGUUGCUCUAUCGCAACAACUUUGUGGAAUCAAUGUGUUCGCAUUUUAUUCAAACGGCAUGUUUAGCGACUAUGGUGUCGAGACAAGUAUGGCCUACAGCUUAGGCUUUGGUGGUGUCAACUUCUUCUUUGGUAUACUUGCAAUGAGGUCCAUCGAUAUCAUCGGCCGACGAAGCUGGCUCCUAUCAACGCUUCCCAUGAUGAGUAUGUUUCUCAUGGCUGCUACAAUUUCUUACGCAGUGGCACCUCAGGUUGAUUCUGGUGAUCAACCAAAGCCUAAAGCAGACACAGGAGGGUCGAUUGCUGGAAUUAUCUUUAUCUAUCUUUUUGCCGCGGCGUAUAGUCCUGGUCUUGGGCCAAUCCCAUUCACUUUGGCAUCAGAGAGUUUCCCACUGAAAAACAGAGAAGCGGGCGCAUCUGUCGCAAUUUCCAUCAACCUCUUUUUCGCGGGCCUUUUAACAAUUCUUCUCCCUCGAAUCAACGCCGUAUUCGAAAUGGCCGGUACACUAGGUUUCUUCACAGGUCUCAACAUCGUCGCAUUCGUGCUCAUCUUCUUCUUCGUUGAAGAGACAAAACAGCUUACCCUCGAAGAAUUAGAUACAGUGUUUAACAAUCCGAAGAGUCGAUUCGCGCACUAUCAGCUGACAAAACGGCUUCCGUUCCUAUCGAAAAGAUAUUUGCUUUGGAAAAGGGAUGCCGAAAGACCACUAGCUUAUGAUGAGUGGGCUGUUGAAGACAGACAAUCAGGGUGAUUGGAUGGUGUUAGGCGAGGUGGAAGGAUUUGGCUGGGCAUGAGUGUAAUUUUAUGCAACUUUUCCAUUCUUCUAUGAGGAUUCUAGCCACAGUGGAUAUUACUUACUAAAUGGGUCAUUUAGGACUAUAUUUGUUGUAUAUAUCGAGGCUGGUUAUGAUACCUAUUGAUCUGAUAUCUACGGUAAUAUUCGCACGUCGUAUUCAAUUAAAGUUUAGUUCCCC